GUCUAGGGGUGUGGUAGCCGGCUGUCCUCGCGACUCCUGCCGUCCCCUCCUGCCGGCCCCCGCCUGUCGCGAGAUUUCCUGCUCUUCCGCCGCUCCCUUUACCGUCGCCUUAGCUGGGGACCCGGACCCAGCCUCUCCCCCACCCGAUCACCGGCCCCGACUCCACCGAGGCCUCCGUCCCCCCGCCUCGCCGCCGCCAUGGCGGACCCUAAGUACGCCGACCUCCCCGGCAUUGCCAGGAACGAGCCAGAUGUUUAUGAGACCAGCGACCUCCCUGAGGAUGAUCAAGCAGAGUUUGAUGCGGAGGAGCUGACCAGCACAAGUGUGGAGCACAUCAUUGUCAAUCCCAAUGCUGCUUACGACAAGUUCAAGGACAAGAGAGUGGGGACAAAGGGACUUGAUUUCUCAGAUCGCAUUGGAAAGACCAAGAGGACAGGAUAUGAAUCUGGAGACUAUGAGAUGCUUGGAGAGGGUCUGGGAGUGAAGGAGACGCCACAGCAGAAAUACCAACGACUUCUGCAUGAAGUGCACGAGCUGACAGCUGAAGUUGAGAAAAUCAAGGCGACAGUGAAGGAGUCAGCCACUGAGGAGAAGCUCACCCCGGUGGUGCUGGCGAAACAGUUGGCUGCUCUGAAGCAGCAGCUGGUUGCUUCCCACCUGGAGAAGCUGCUGGGACCAGAUGCUGCAAUCAACCUCACCGACCCAGACGGAGCCCUGGCUAAGCGCUUACUGCUGCAGCUGGAAGCAACAAAGAACAGCAAAGGCAGUUCAGGGGGAAAGACCACAGGUGGGACCCCCCCAGAUAGCAGCCUUGUCACUUAUGAACUACACUCUCGGCCUGAGCAGGAUAAGUUCUCGCAAGCUGCCAAGGUUGCAGAACUCGAAAAGCGCCUGUCAGAGCUGGAGGCCACUGUUCGCUGUGACCAGGAUGCUCAGAACCCCCUUUGUGCAGGUCUGCAGGGAACCUGCCUUAUGGAAACGGUAGAACUGUUGCAAGCCAAGGUGAGCGCCCUGGACCUUGCGGUUCUGGACCAAGUAGAGGCUCGGUUACAGAGUGUCCUGGGAAAGGUGAAUGAGAUCGCUAAGCACAAAGCCUCUGUGGAGGAUGCAGACACACAGAGCAAGGUGCAUCAGCUUUAUGAAACCGUCCAGCGUUGGAGCCCCAUGGCCUCCACCCUUCCUGAGCUAGUGCAGAGACUCGUCACCAUCAAGCAGCUGCAUGAGCAAGCUAUGCAGUUUGCUCAGCUCCUAACACAUCUAGACACUACUCAGCAGAUGAUUGCCAGUUCCCUUAAGGACAAUACUACUCUCCUGACCCAGGUGCAGACAACUAUGCGUGAAAACUUGGCCACAGUUGAGGGGAAUUUUGCCAGCAUUGACGAGCGGAUGAAGAAGCUGGGAAAGUGAGCACCAUGGAGAGUUGGAGAGCAGGAAUAACCCAGGGGUAACCCUUGUCCCCAAGCUUUGUCAGAUUCCACAGGGCUUUCACUUCAUCGUAACUCACAGCCCAUCCCACCUGACAGAAGGCAAGGGUUCUUCUUGCAUGUAGGGUGUGUACCCCUCCCCUGUCGAAUACAGUGGUAGCUGGGGGAUUUAGAUGGGGGUCUUCCCUCAGGCCCAUUAGAUGAGGAUGUGGGCCCAGCCACAUGCCAGCUCAUGUCCAAUAACUGCUUUGCCUGGUGUGGGGGAGGACUGGACCCUGUCCUCUAAUACAGCUCUGUGGCUGACUAGAAUACUGUACAACUGUUUCUGACCAUUAAAUGCUGUUGUACCGUGGA